CUGAGAUGAGCUUAUAUCUUGGAUACAUGUGGUCUCUUAUACUCACUCGAGCCCCAGACUUCAUAGGGUUUCAAGAUGAUCUGGAGACUUGCUAUCUGUCUUUCCCUGGCUGUUGCUCUGACCAAUGGUGCUGCUGUUCCUGUUCAGGAGGAUGUUGUCUUUGACAUGCUCCAGGCCAUGAUCCACAACCCUGAAUCUGUGGCUGAUGCUUUUGGUCUCAGUAGAGUACGAAGGAGCGCUUACGACAAAGAGUUUUCUUUGGAUCGUCUUGGAGUCAACGUUGGAAUUAAGUAUAUUGACCCCAGCAACCAAGCCAAGGGAGGCAAGGCUGACAUCACUGUAAACAACCUGAAGAAACUUAUCCCUAAGGCCAAGAGUGAGUUGGUCAAGUUGGCUGUUUCAUUUGAUGGAGGUGCAGAAGCUAAGGAUGGUCUCUUUGAUAUGACCAUUGACUAUGAACUUCAUCACAGCAAUGAGGAACUUGGAACAGCUCACCUUGAGAGGACCAAGGAAGGUAACUUCUGGAAAACCAAGAUGUCUGUGGUCUCCAAAAAUAACCCUGCUCAGAAAUUGAUUCCCAUCUUUGAGAUCACAAUGAAAUCAGAUAGGAAGACUGUUCUCCAGGGAACAUACAAGUGUGAGCAUGGAAAUGAUUACACUCUGAACGUAGACAGAGUUCCUGGAGAGAAGAUUAAUGCUGUGCUCGAGGGAAAUGGCAAGACUUACAUCAUGGAAGGAGUUCUUGACAAGGCAGACAAAUCUGUCAAGAUUAACAUUGAUGCCAAUGGCCUGAACUAUGAGGUUGAACUAGACUUUGAUAAUGAUGGUGAAGACAUUUCCUUUGAAGCCAAAGUUAACCUAGGAGGAUCUGGGGAAUAUAAACUGGAAUUUGAGGCAAAGAAGGACUUAUCCGGAGGAGGACUUAAGGUAAACUUCAACGGUAGAGAUCUGGUCAGUGCUAAGCUGAAGGGUAAACUGAACAAGGAUGACCAAAGUGCUAAGUAUGAGUUGAGGUAUUCUGCUGUUGGUGUUGGAGAAGGAAAGCUGAGGUUAGGACUCCAGGGAGGAGACAAACAAGAAUUCAAGGUUCAAUAUCUUCCUAAGACAGGACUUGACCUCAAGCUUGAGCUUACUAGGGAAAAGAAGGCUGAUCAUUCAAGACAUUUCCAUGGAGUUGCAACAAGGGGAGGGGAAACUUUCCUUGAAUAUACAAAUGACAUUGUUCCCACCAUGAAAGCUGACUCUUAUGAGCUUAAGGUUGAUUCCCAAUUUGAUGUCAAUGAAAAAUCUGUAGCCUAUCCUGUUUUCUGCAAGUAUGGAUGCUUCAAGCAGAGAACAAUGCAUGCAAAGCUGUAUGUUGACAGAAACACCCCCUACAAGCUAUCUCUGGAUGUUGAUCUAACCAAGGACAGCGUCUCUGUCUUGACUGUUGAUAUGAACUCCAGGAAUAACCCGGCUGUUUUCAAGAUUGUUGCCCCCAGAAUUCUUCCUUCUAUUCUUCCCACAGGUAGAGAAUCUAUUGAGUUUGAGGCAGACCAUUCUCCAGGAAACUACUUGAAGAUCAAGUCAAACACAAAUGCCAUCAGUUCUUUCAAGAUUGAAAAGGUUGACGGAGAGACCAGAAGAAUUGAACUUAAUGGCAAAGAACUUAUCAAGGCUGGAUUUACCAAGGGAGACAACAAGAUUACACAGACCUCAACCCUUCCCAAUGGCAGAAGUCUGACCACCACCAUCUCUUGGGAUUCUGAUAAUUUGAAAUCCAACAAGGUUCAUGUUAAUCUUGAUGGAACAGAAAGAACCCUGGAUGCCCAUAUUGAAUGGGAUGUUACUAAUCCAGCUGCAAUGGUCGUCAAGGCACAUGGCAAAGGAAAGAACGCUCGUUGGGGAGAAUAUGAAAUCUCAAGAGAUAUCAAGUCAUCUUUCACCUCCUCUGCAAUCAACGUUGACUGGCAGGGAGAUUCAUCUUUCCAGAAUUCUCCAUGGCCAUCCCCAGUUCACACUGAGAUCAAGGGAGCCUUUGACUUUGCCAGCUACAAGUACAACAUGAAGAUCAGCAAGAAUGUUGCUGGUAAGACCUAUGCUCUGACAGUAGCAGAUGGAAAAGUAAACCUUGAAAUGUAAAUAUCAUCAGGACUAGUUGAUGAAAUUUAUUCUUUUGUAUUGCAUAUUCUUGUCCUCUGUAUAUUACAGUUUAUUAUUAGUUCAAAUACAUAUAUCUCCUAGGUGUCUAGGAGAACUUACAAUUCUUCA